GACCCGCCGGCUUCUCCUCGGUCCGCAGGUCCCAGUGUUGCGAUGUCGCCCAGACGGACCCCACGCGCGCCCCCGCUGCUGCUGCUGCUGCUGCUUCUGUCGCCGGCCGUGGAUGGAGCCUUCUCAAGCCCCACCGCUCUUGGGCCCACCUCUGAGGCUCCAGAGCAACAGCAAGAGGAGAGCAGAGGCCCAGGUGUCCCUGAGGCGGCACCCACCGGAGCAUCUGCCGAGUCCUCCACCCAGCCAUCCGCCGACACCACAGCCGCGGCGGACUCGGCCGCUGCAGUGACGGCCACCAAUGGCUCCAGCGCCCCAUCUCCCACAGAGCCCUCCUGCCCUGGCCCCGUCGCCCCCUGCCCCAGUGCGGACACUCGGGUGGCUGAGGCCGUCCUGGGGGAUGCGCUGACAGACUUCUCCCUGAGGCUGUACCGCGCCUUUGCAGCUGUGAAGAACACAGAAACCAACAUGGCCUUCUCCCCCUUCAGCAUCGCCAGUCUCCUCACACAAGUCCUGCUCGGGGCUGGGGACAGCACCCGCCGCGCCCUGGAGCGCGUUCUCUCCUACCCAGAGGACUUUGCCUGCGUCCACCAGGCCCUGAGAGCCUUCGCGUCCAAGGGCGUCACCUCCGCCUCCCAGAUCUUCCACAGCCCAGACCUGCCCAUCAAGGACAGCUUUGUGAACGCCUCCCAGCGGCUGUACGGCAGCAGCCCAUGGGCACUGGGCAACGACACAGCCGCCAGCCUGGCGCUCAUCAACGGCUGGGUGGCCGACAACACCGGGCACAAGAUCAGCCGGCUGCUGGACAGCCUGCCGCCCGACGCCCGCCUGGUGCUGCUCAACGCCGUCUAUCUGAGCGCCAAGUGGAAGCAGCCCUUUGCACAGAAGAAGAAGAUGGAGACCUUCCACCUCCGGAACUCAGUCAUCCAGGUGCCCAUGAUGAGGAGCAAGAAGCACCCAGUGGCGCACUUCAGCGACCCCACCCUGAAGGCCAAGGUGGGGCAGCUGCAGCUCUCUCACAACCUGAGCUUCGUGAUACUAGUGCCACAGAGCCUGCGGCAGCCCCUGGAGGACCUGGAGAGGGCGCUGAGCCCUGUGCUCUUCAAGGCCAUCAUGCGAAAGUUGGAGAUGUCCAAGUUCCAGCCCACGUACCUGACCAUGCCGCGCAUCAAGGUGACAGGCAACCAGGACCUGCUGCCCAUCAUGGAGAAGCUGGAAUUCUUUGACUUCACCUAUGACCUCAACCUGUGCGGGCUGACGGAGGAUCAGGACCUGCAGGUGUCGACGAUGAGGCACCACACGGCACUGGAGCUCACCGAGGCCGGUGUGGAGGCGGCGGCUGCCUCUGUCAUCUCCGUGGCCCGGAACCUACUGAUCUUUGAGGUGCAGCAGCCCUUCAUCUUCUUGCUCUGGGACCAGGAGCACAAGUUCCCCGUCUUCAUGGGCCGAGUCUACGACCCCAGGGCCUGAGCUGCCCCAGAUGCCCAGCUUCCCUCAGUGCUCCUGGCAGCCCCUCCAUGGCCUAAAUAUUCUGCACACCACUCUGCAGCUUUCCCUGGUUCGGGUUCACCAGGCCCUACAAAUAAAGCUGGCCAGCCACGACCUUC